AUGAAAGAAGUAGUGAAAAAAGAAGUCUGGAAAUUGCUUGAAGCUGGGAUCAUUUAUCUUAUUUAUGACAAUAGUUGGGUCAGCCCAGUUCAUGUAGUCCCUAAGAAAGGAGGGGUGACCAUUGUGAAAAAUGAAAAUAAUGAGUUGAUACCUACUAGAAUUGUCACAGGAUGGAGGAUGUGCAUAGACUAUAGGAAGCUUAAUAGUGCCACUAGGAAAGACCAUUUUCCCUUGCCUUUUAUUUACCAAAUGUUAGAAAGAGGAAUUGAAGUGGACAAAGCCAAAGCUGAAGUGAUAGAGAAGAUGCCUCCACCAACUUCAGUGAAGGGAAUUAGAAGUAAAAAGGGAGCUGAAAAUGUUGUAGCGGAUCAUCUAUCAAGGAUUAAGUAUGAGAGUAAAGAUGGAAAUGAAGAGGAAUUGCCAAUUGAUGAGUUUUUCUCAAAUGAGCAGUUGCUAGUUGUUGUUGAUGCAUUGCCAUGGUUUGCAAAUUUUGUCAAUUACUUAUCAUGUGGAGUUUUCCCAUCAGAUUUAGGCUAUCAACAGAGGAAGAAAUUUUUGCAUAAUGUGAAAUUUUAUAUAUGGGAGGAUCUAUUGUUAUUUAAGAGAUGUAAUGAUGGCCUAGUUAGAAGAUGUCAAAGAGUGGGGAAUAUUUCAAGGAAAAAUGAAAUGCCACAACAAGGAAUUUUGGAGAUUGAGUUAUUUGAUGUUUGGGGCAUAGAUUUCAUGGGACCAUUCCCAUCAUCUUUUGGGAAUAAAUACAUUUUGGUAGGUGUGGAUUAUGUGUCAAAAUGGGUUGAGGCCAUUGCUUCCCCUACGAAUGAUGCAAGGGUAGUAAUGAAAUUUUUGAAGAAGUUUAUUUUCACUAGAUUUGGAGUGCCAAGAGCUAUAAUCAGUGAUGGUGGAUCUCAUUUCUACAAUAAACAGUUUGAACAUCUUUUAAAGAAAUAUGAGGUUACUCAUAAGGUUAAUGGUGAUGUUUAA